ACAAUCAUCAAACUUCAGAACCCAUUUUUCUUUUGCACAUCCUGAACCAACCCCACAAGCUAAAACUACAGGAUUGUAUAGUACACAUGGCAAGUUUUGCGCCUCUCUGCCGCCUAGCUCUAGUGUUAGCCAUUGCAAUGGUGAUGGUUGCACCAGCUUAUGAUGCCCAAAUCAGCACGCCAUGUAAUGCCUCAGUGCUAAGCACUCUCUUCACACCUUGUAUGAGUUUCCUCACAAGUAGCAGUGCCAAUGGCUCCUCCUCGCCAACCACAGAGUGCUGCGGUGCUCUCAAGUCCCUCACAAGUAGUGGUAUGGACUGUUUGUGUCUCUUGGUCACCGCCAGCAUUCCCUUCAAGUUACCGAUCAACAGAACCUUGGCUAUCUCUCUCCCUCGUGCCUGCAACAUGCCUGGUGUCCCAGUUCAAUGCAAAGCCUCUGGUUCCCCACUUCCUGCUCCAGGACCGGGGUCUCUUGGACUAUCCCCUGCAUCUGCUCCCUCUGGAUUUACCCCAACCCCUAGUCCUCAAGCUUCUUCUGAACUUCCCUCACCAACUUCACCUUCAUUGGCACCUCAGUCUGACACAAGUGUUCCUCUAUUGACUCCACCAUCUCCAUCAGUGGAUUCUGAUACCCCAUCUUCAUCUACAGGAAGUGGCCGCUCCAAUCUGACUCCAUCAUCUGCCAUGACAUCUUACAAUGUCCCUCCUUCUGCUCUAUUGAUUGCACUGGGAUUCGCUGUUCUCAAAUACUACUAGGUUGUGUGUUUGUUAUAUCCUGUGAUGUUCUUCCAUUAGGUUGUUAUAUAUUCUUUACAGUGUGGCUAUGGCAGCAUAAUUUUUCUUUUCAUCUAGAUUGUUUUAGCCCCGCAUUCGGGGAGCAUUUAUCAGAUCAAAAAAGCAUUUGUAUUGUAAUGUACAUGAAAGGGAUGUAAAAUAAAGUUCUUAUGAUUAUAUUUUAUUCA